GUUGCCCUCAGCAAAUAAUACAGGACUCAUUAGAAUUGCUGUCAUGUCGCAGCACUGCCUGCAGCAUUUCAUUCUGAGCACAGCGAGGCAUCCGGUCUGGUUUCAGGAUCCAGAAGAACCACACAAAGUUAGAACAAAUAUAAAAACUACCUGGCUGUGUUUCGUGUUGGACCUGCUGCGAUGCUUGAAGAUGUUCUUCGAAGGGGACGAGCCGUGUGGAACCAGAUAAAGUUGUCACAACCUGUUUAUAAGCUGUUUGGAAAGCGGCUGCUGCAGGCUGGGAGACACAUCAUGUCUCAUAAGUCUUGGAUGAAGACGGUGCCCACAGAGAACUGUGACGUCCUCAUGACAUUUGCAGACGCCACAGAUGACCACACGUUACUAUGGCUACUGAACCACAUCCGGCUGGGAAUCCCAGAGCUCAUCAUACAGAUUCGACAUCACAAGCACACACGAGUCUACGCGUUCUUCGUCACCGCCACGUAUGAAAAUUUGUUGCGAGGUGCUGAUGAGAUGGGACUGAGGAAAGGAGUGAAGUCUGAGUUUGGAGGAGGAACACGCAGCUUCUCCUGUGAGGAGGACUACAUCUACGAGAACAUCGAGAGCGAGCUGUGCUUCUUCACGUCACAGGAGAGGCAGAGCAUCAUUAAAUACUGGCUGGAAAAUCUACGUGCCAAACACGGGGAGGUGCUUCACAAUAUCAACUUCCUGGAGGGCCAGCCAAUCAUCCCGGAGCUGAGUGCGCGAGGUGUGAUCCAGCAGAUGUUUCCUCUCCAUGAGCAGAGGAUCCUGGGUCAGCUGAUGAAGUCCUGGGUCCAGGCUGUUUGUGAGAAACAACCUUUAGAUGAUAUCUGUGACUACUUCGGGGUGAAGAUCGCCAUGUAUUUUGCCUGGUUGGGUUUCUACACCACAUCCAUGUUGUAUCCUGCCGUGAUCGGCUUUGUGCUGUGGAUGCUCACGGAGUCAGAUCAGACGAGCCGUGACAUCUGCUGCGUGGUGUUUGCCCUGUUCAACGUCGUGUGGGCCACUCUGUUUCUGGAGCGGUGGAAGAGGAGGGGGGCCGAGCUGGCGUACAAGUGGGGGACUCUGGACUCGCCGUCUGAAUCCCUGGAGGAACCACGGCCUCAGUUCCGGGGAGUCAAGCGCUGUAGUCCCAUAACAGGAUGUGAGGAGUUCUACUAUCCUCCGUGGAGGAGGCGUGUAUUCAGGUGGCUGGUCAGCCUGCCCAUCUGUAUCCUCUGUCUCUGUUUUGUCUUCCUGGUCAUGCUCAUCUGCUUUGAGCUGCAGGAAUUUGUGAUGGGGAUCAAGGAAAUGCCUCGGCUAGCUCGCUUCAUCCCCAAAAUAAUGCUAGCCAUCACUGUGACGGCAUGUGACGAGGUGUACAGGAAAAUCGCCUGCUGGCUCAACGACAUGGAAAACUAUAGACUCCAGAGUGCCUAUGAGAAAAAUCUCAUCAUCAAAAUGGUUCUUUUUCAGUUUGUAAAUUCUUAUCUCAGCCUUUUUUACAUUGGAUUCUACCUCAAAGACAUGGAGCGUCUGAAAGAGAUGCUGGCCACUCUGCUCAUCAUACGCCAGUUCCUUCAAAACGUGAAGGAGGUGCUGCAGCCUUACCUGUAUGAGCGCCACAAGCUGGGCGAGCUCUCACUGCGAGCCAUGUGGGACCUGCUGCUCUCAGUGCUGCUGAAAUAUGCCCGGCUGGCCGCUGGGAAAGCCCAGGUCUCUCCCACUGACCAGCACAUGCCGGGACCUGGACUGAGGGGCACGCGGCCCGGGGUGGGGCAGCCAGAGAGGAGGGAGAAGAAGUGUUUAAACGGGGGGUGCGGGGUGCCCGAUGAAGAGGAGGGAGGUGAGAGGGACGAGGCCGACAGUGGGAGGUUCAGCGAAGGAGAGACGGAGGAGGAAAGUCUGAUCGACUGCGGUUUGAAGCUGAGGAAGGUCAGCUUCAUAGAGAAGAUUUUUUUGCUGAUCUUUGAUGAUGAUGCUCAGGUGGACAGAAGGCCCGUCUGCACUGGACCCCCCAUGGACAACAGUUUCGUGGAUGAAGGGAGCCCCACCAUGGUGGAGAAGGGAAUGGACCCGGCCUCUAUGUUUGAAAUGUGUGACGAUGACGACGAUAAUGACAUCCAUGAUGUGAAGGAGACUGGUGGGGGAGGGACGGGGGGGGCGGAGGGAGUUAAUGCUGCUGCUGCUGCUGCUGCUGCUGCUCCACCUCCCUCCGGCUCGGAGAGCAGCACGUCACUGCGACACAGGAGAAGGGGCAGGAGCUCGGAGAGACCCGAGCCCAAAACGAAAAGGGAGUCGUGGAUUGACCCCCCCGAAGAGAGGGAGAGCACCACGCUCACUCAGGCUGAGAUGGAGAGCUGCAUGCAGAGUUAUGCUGACACCUUCCAGGACUACCAGGAGAUGUUUGUCCAGUUCGGAUACGUGGUGCUCUUCUCCUCAGCGUUCCCCCUGGCGGCCAUGUGCGCGCUCAUCAACAACAUCAUCGAGAUCCGCAGCGAUGCCUUCAAGCUCUGCACCGGCCUGCAGAGGCCCUUCGGACUCCGAGUGGAGAGCAUCGGCCAGUGGCAGACUGCGAUGGAAGCCAUGGGCCUGAUCGCCAUCAUCGUGAACUGUUACCUGAUUGGUCAGUGUGGUCAGCUGCAGCGUCUGUUCCCGUGGCUCAGCCCGGAGAUGGCCAUCAUCUCCAUCGUCAUCCUCGAGCACUUUGCCAUUCUCCUGAAGUACAUCAUCCACGUGGCCAUACCUGACAUUCCUACGUGGGUCAGAGAGGAGAUGGCUAAACUGGAUUAUCAGCGCAGGGAGGCCUUCAAGAAGCACGAGCGACAGGCGCAGCAGCAUUACCAGCAGCUUCAGAGGAGGAAGAGGGAGGAAGAGGAGAGGCAGAGGCAGGCGGAGCACGUGGCCCGGAGGGAGAGGGAGCGGGACGAGAGCAAGGGCGACUCCUCUGGGGAUCACCACCAUGACAAAAGUCACGGCAGCAAGUCGCGGGCCGGGGGGGGAGGAGGCGGGGGGUCCGAGAAACCCAAGAGGCCCAGCUCUCUGCUGGCCAACAACAACGUGAUGAAGCUGAAGCAGAUCAUCCCGCUGCAGAGCAAGUUCUCCUCGGCCGGCGCCCGCUCCCCGCAGUCACCCACCAGCAACGAGCCAAAGCUCCCUGGGUUCCUGAGCUUCAAGUUCCUCAAGUCACCUGAGAACAAGAAGGAAGUCGUGGCGUCUGCCGCCUCAGCCAACAACUCCACCGCAGCGGCAUCAUCUUCAGCAUUAGGUAGCAGCUCUCAGGAGCGUUCUCAGUCACCCAGCAAAGCCUUCAACCCUGGGAAACUGUUCAACUUUGGGAAGUCCGAGGGAGGGACGUGUGUGAACGGGGCGCCGCUGCCCCGACCCGGGGAGGGGGCAUCGGACAGACACAUUUCCAGGUCUGACUUGAACGGCGUUCCAGACGAGAUCCCCUCGCCUGGAGGGGAAGACUCUGAGAACGGACCUUCAACAGUCGUGGACGGCUCUAAAGUUUAGUCGCUCCAGAGAGAACGAAACUCGUCUCAGCCGAGGAAGCGACGUGUUACCGGUGAGGAGGAGCCUGACCCACCUGCUGAAUCGUCCUCGGUGGCGUGUAGACGUACCUGAAGCAGGGAGAGGAAACGAUGAGAUGAUGAGAGGUGACUGGUGUGUUGGGUUAUUUUGCUGAGGGACAAAAAAAACAGGCUUUGUGAGAAAGACGUUGCUACGAUGACCUGAUAAACACACACGCACACACACACACACACACAAUCCUUCACACACACAGACAAACAUACAACCACUUCCUUGUCUGCAAUACAUAAAGAAAUGCAUGAGCUGCGUUUCUUUUAUUUUCAAGCCUUUAAAGCAGAGAGCUGUGUUUCUUGAUUUUUCUUUUUCUAGUCAGAAAUUGUAAGGAUCUCUGCGUCUCCCACUCGGACAUAUCAGCUCGCUGCGGAGGAAAACAGAUUUAAAAAAACCGUGGUGUGAAAGGAUCUAAGAUUGUACAUGCGAUUAACUACUGAGUGUGUUCUUUAGCCAUCACAACACCGGUGAUCAUCACCAGUGAGGAAUUCUAGGCCCCCUCACUUUUGUGUUGAAGUGGAUACAUAAAAAAAAGAGCAAUACCAAUCAGUGUUUUAAUCAUUCAUAUCAAUCAUCACCCAAACACUCCCUUUUUGAACAUCCCCGAUAAAUCACCAGCUUUAUUUUCAAAGCAGAGGUGAUGUCCUCCCUCACGUGGUCCCAGCCUGGGGCAGAGUCAGAUUUGUUGCAAGAGAAAAGAAGUUGAGCUGUCACAUACCAGUGUUCCCCCCAAAAGACGGAGUGAAGGAAAGACCAGAGAAGGCAAAUAAAUAAAUGAAUAGAAUAAAGCAGACGAUGUUGAUUUUGCAAAAAAAAGGAAACUGGAGCACUGAGGCCUGAGCACUGUUCUCCAUCCACGCCUGUAGAACAUCUAGUAGACAGACGGAGCUCCAUUCCACACACUCCAACCAGACUUGGCAAAACGAGCAAGUUCAAGAAGCAACAACAACAUUUGCACUAAACCUCGACGCCCUGCAUAGACGCAAACCUCUCUCCACCUGAGAGAGAGAGAGAGAGAGAGCUGAAACCAGCCUGCCUCCUGACAUUAUGCAAAAGCUGGAUUGUUUGUUUCCCUCCUCUCACCCGUCCCUGCUCUCAGCUACUAUGGAACUUUCCUAAAUAUUCAGGAGAGGCUUUUAGAAAAUAACAAAAAAACAAAAAAACAAUAAAAUAGCUGCUCUUAUUUUAUGUUGAGCUUUAUCUUUUUUAUACGCAUCCUUUGCUGAUGAUGGAGAUUUUCCUUUCUUUUUUUUUUAUAACCAAAGUGUUAUUUCAUUCGGAUUAUACUGUUAUCACAUCAAGUAUUCUCUGUAAAUUCUGUUUAAAGUAGAUAGUGCGGAAGCCCAUCAUCGUCUACCAUUCAUUAACCGGUAUUUCACUUCUUCAGUCUCCCCAGAAGGGGGCGCCAGAGUGAACUGCUUCAACACAUAUGAAGACAUAGCCCACAGCGAAUUGAAAUAAGCGGUUAGUCAUCAGACUUGUGUGGUUGCAGCAGGACUGUGAAAGGGAAAUGAAUCCCAGCGUCUCACACAGCAGCGAUGGUUUCAGUGGCCAUCGCCCUCUGGGUUGAGACACAGUAUCAUUAACUAUGCAUUUCCACGCCGUCACCUCUGGCAAUGAUUUUGGCAAUAAGUUGUUGAAGACUAUUACCCCCCCCACCACCUGCAGCACCGCUUCCUUCUGCAUCACCCCGAGCCAGACUCUAUGCAUCUUUAGUUUUUUUACCGUCCAGUAAGAGCCCUUCCAGCCCCGUCUCAUAUUUAAUGUGCAGAAACAGUUGAUCUCAUCCGUCCACAGCUUUGUGUUGACAGAACCGACCCGUCCUCGGGGAGCUGACGACACCGAGCUUCAAACUGGCUCUUAUGUUCCCUCGCUGCUUUCAUAACUUUACAGUAAGCAAAGUCCACCUCUUAGUCAUGCGCCUAAAUAGAAUUCCGAAACGUACUUCCACAGAAAAGACAAAAAUAUCUUGCUGACAUUGAAUGCAAUAAGGAAAUAGGACUUCUGUGUGGUCGCAGUGUCGUGUGACUGUAAAUCUCCAGUAUGUUCUUUUUUUAUAUCUGGAAGUUAUUGUUCUCUGUACGUGUAAAAUGAGAAGAGAAAAAAUGCUGAAAGACAUUUGAUAUCCCCGGUGUCUCUUUGCUUUGUUCUCACUGGAAAACUUCAGAACAGCAGCUGAGCUUAAUUUCAACCAUACCUUUAUUCUUGCAGCAUCAGGGUCGGAUAACCUCCAUGAUGCAACCGAGUGGAUUCAUCAUGGUUUGGAUGUUUUUGUAGAGAGGACAAGCCGGUGUCCUGGUGGAGGCAACUGGAGCGAGAGGGCAAACAUGAGGGUGUUUGCUGACUCCGGCAAAUCGCUGGGGAGUUCAGAUCAGGCCUGGAUUUGUAUCUGGUUCCUCCUUCACCAGAUAGAAGUGGGCACAAUUAACCAAUUUUCAUUCUUGAGUUCUUGUUUUGCAGCAACAAAUUUUGCAUAUUGUUUUAAUGGAGGUCUUUAAAUUUGCAUGAAUUGAACUGAAGUAACAACAUGUUAGUGACUCGGGCCAAGCACAGGCGUCAGCUCAGACUCAUCAGUCGUCUUUAAUUCACUAUCAAGCAGCAUCUCUUGAAGGAAUUUACUGUAUCCACACUUUACAAGUCAAAUCAGUGGGAAAGGACCGAGUGAAUUUAGUAAAUGUUCUGUCUACUGGACGAGGAGAAGUGUCUGUGAACAGGUGAGAUUCUCACCACAGCUACAUUAAAGAAGAAACCUGACCCUCAACCUUGACGUUUAAGAGAAGUCAUCUUUGUGGAAGCCUCACUCACUGAACAUCACACGCUCUUCCAAUGUACCACUGUACAAAACAAACCUUUUAAAGAAACAUACUGGGAAAUGGGACUAUUUAUUUCUUUUAAUUUAUUUUGUCAUAUUUUUGUAAGACCUGAAAAAUAGUUAAUAAAACUAUUUCA